GCGUGUUAAUUUAUGUUGAAUAAGCAACAAAAUUACAGGCUAUCUAUCGAAACCACAACUAAUCAAGGAGACUUUUCUGAAAAUUUAAUACAAGACAAAAGAGUCACAGGCGAUUAAAAUGAAAAUACUUUAAGUACAGAGACAUAGAUUUAUAUUGUAUUUAGAAUUUCUAUAUGCAUUUGAGAAACCAGCACUCUAUAAUAAAAAUAUUGCGAGUUGUCGUAAUAAUGCUGCAAGACUAUCAGCCUUUGAUUUUAUGAAUGUAAGUAGCAAUAAAGCCAAUGAAAAAAAGAAAUUCUCUAUUGCUUUAAACUAUUUUAAAAAUGAAGAGAGAAAAACAAUCACUAAGUGGAAAUAAGAGAACCUUUACGGAUUUUCAAAGGUAUCGUCUAAAAUCAAAUGA